CUUUUUCAAGUAGUCAUCUUCUGCUUGACAGCUAUGUUUAAAGAUGGCUGCCUACACAACAGUACUUUAUUUCUUGCUUUGCUGUUUAUUUAUAGCAUGCAGAUGUCAGUUUGAGUUGGAUGAAAGGUUUUUAGAAUAUAGAAAACAUGGCAUGUGGCUAGUGGAGUUUUAUGCCCCCUGGUGCGGCCAUUGCAAAAAAUUAGAUCCGAUCUUUAAAGAAGUAGCCAGGGAGCUACAGGUGACCAAUAGUGCUGUAAAGGUUGCCAAGUUGGACUGCACUAGAUACUCACAGAUAGCUUCAGAGUUUUCUGUCAAAGGUUUCCCAACCAUAAUGUUUAUACAUGGAGAACGGACUUACACUCAUAGAGGAGACAGGACUAAAGAUGAUAUCCUAGAAUUUGUUUUAAAAGCACAAGGACCCACUGUUAGGAAACUAAGCAGUGUUGGCAAGUUUAAUGAAGCACUUGGUCAGCACAGUGGCUCUGUAUUCUUUCUCUACGUUGGAAACGAGGACGAACAUGAAGAUCUUUAUAAAAAGUUCCACCAUUCAGCAGACAAUCAUGCUAUCCACUCCUACUUUUACCAGGGGAAGAAACACAUUUUAGAAGAUCGAAACCUAAAAAGACAUCCAACAAUUUUAGUCUUUAAAGAUAAACAGUUCUUGGAAUUUGAACCUCCAGGUGGUAUUGCAACAGCAGAUUCUGUUGAGCGUUGGAUCAACCGAGAACGUUAUCCAACUUUCCCUAAGAUAUCAGGUGCUGGAUUAAAUGAGAUGGCCAGCGUUGCAAAAUAUCUAGUAAUCCUGGCAGCCGAACAGAAAGAGUUAGAUGACUCCAGUACAUCCACCUCCAGGCUCUAUCUUGUGAUGAAAGAGUUGGCCUUUGGUGAGAAAGACAAGUUCCACAGUCAGUUCCAGUUUGUAUGGAUGCCAGAGGUGGAAACUGUCAACAGUAUAGCCAUGUCUUUCAUGUCUGCCCCUGUCUUCAUGGUACUGGACACUGCGGAACACAUCUACUACAUGCCUAUAGCCGAGGAGAACCUGACUGUCAGCACCAUGGCAGACUUUCUGACCCGAGUAGCAGAUGGGAAAGAACAGCCUCAUGGUGGGACUGGUGUACUGAUGAGUAUCAAAAGAGUGUUCUAUGACUUGAUCUCACUGGUUCUGAGUAUUUGGCAGGCUUCCCGGUGGCUCUUUCUGUUGAUGUUUGGGCUGCCAACUCUGAUCAUUUCCUUCAUUUGUUAUAGUCUUUGUUGCAUGGAAGCUAUUGAUGACCUGCCUGAAGAUGAGGGGGACGAAGAUGAUGACAUGGACACAGUAUAUCAUGCCACUCCAUCUUUACUCACCCCUGGCCAAGAGCGACUCAUACCACCAUAUGAAGGUGCUCAGAAGGUGAAAAGUUUAGAAGACAAAAAGAAAGAAUGAGCCGUGCGUGAUUGUAGGAGCUAGACAUAUUCUUUGUCUUUUAGGCAACGGAAGUCUACUUGAUGUCUAUUCAGAAAUUAUCUUGUGUGUGUAUGUAGGAAUUAAAUAUUUAAUUUGUGUAUUUUGAGGCUCAUUUGUAAAUGUUAAUUCUAGUUUUUUAAUUUGCUGCACCAAAAGAAAUUGUUUUAAGGUUAUUAGAUGACUGUGAUGACUUUAAAACAGUGAUGCUCAAACUAUGGCCUCUGGUUCACAUUCAUCUUGUGACUUGGUGCUAUAUUGCCCACAUUACAUAAUGAAUGCACAGAAAUUAAGUUCUUAUUAAAGUGUAUCCAUGUAUUUUUUGGUUUGGGCACCACUAGUUUAAAAUAGAAAAAUCUGUGUUACUGAAUUGGUUUGAACAAAUGGAAUGUUAUUUUAAUCAUACAAUUUGUUUGCUGUAAAGGCUUAAUAUUUUUUUUUUUUUUUUUUUUUUUACUGAUACUUUGUUUCUAUGUUUUCUAAAUAAUUCACUUUAUAACAUGUUGUAGUGACAUUGAUCAUUAUGUAUGAGUCAGCUAGUGUGUGGGGAGAAAUUUUAAGUUUCCCCUGAUUGAGACAUAAGCGUUUGCAUCUAUUGGAUAUUCCAGUCUGAAUUGAAGCAUUUUAAUGAACUUUAUGCAAAAUUAAAUUUUCAUUAAUAUACUUUUUUAUACUAUUAGACUAAAAUUGUUCAGAAUGAAAGGAUUAUUUAAAAAUUAUUAAUUUAAUUUAUUUUUUUGUAUAUCUGAUUCUCUGAAUGUGGGUUCAAUAUUCUGUGACACCCAAACCACAUGCUUAGUCUAUUUAUUGAUGGCAAGGUUAGCCAGAAUUGCAUUUUGUGGAUAAAGAAUUGAAUAAAGUAUAAAAUAUUCUCUUCAGUAGUGAUACAGUAAUGGGAAAUUAGAAUGAGAAUUAUAAAUAUUAUAUCCAGUAGACUAUUAGGAAUAAAUAUUUGAGGGACAUUUUUUUUUUUCAUUUUUAAGUGUUUCCCUGUGUUACCUCCUCCUUUGCCUGAUAGUUUCCAAAGUUAGAAUUGAGCUUUUUGUAGUCCAACAAUAUUAAAUUAUUCAUUUUGUAAUCUUCACAUGUCAUGGAUUUCCAAUCCACUUUGCUAUUCAGCUAGAUCUCUAUGAUACAACCUUUUUUUUUAUGCCUUUGAAUGUUUGACUUUGUGGCAAUAACAUCAUGAGAUUUGUAUGUUCAGAUGACUUUCUUUCCUUACUGGUUGAAAUGCUCCACUCUUUUGUUUUGGAGUUAGCUGUUAACUUAACACUCUUUCCUUUACAGAAUGUGACUAUGUGUAAUAUGUAUAGAUCUGGUUUUAAAAACUGAAUAGUUAUAACUUUUGUUAUAAGGUAAUUUUUUUUUUUAGAAAGCUUAUUUCAAGACACGCUUCUGUUUCUCUGUUGACAGGUUUAAUAGUUAUCUUAUCUUAUUUUAUCUUAUCUUAUCCUCUUAGUUCAACUUAGGACCAAUCAUUGUUAGUUGAUUUUCAUUCAACCAGUUUCUUUUGGGUGCUUGAAGUUGUCACACUAAUCCUUCAAUUGAUACUACUAGUCAUGUGUAUAUGGGGUAACUCUUUCAUUUGAUAACUAUCUUUUAAACAACAGUUAGAUCCCCUGAUUUUCUUUUUUUUAAUUUGGUAUAAGAGACAGGUCUUAAAUUUUGAAUACAAUCUCAAAGUCUUUAAAAAGACUGGUUUCUAUAGAUAAUUGAAAGAUCAAUUAAUUUUGGUUUCUAUAGAUGAUUGAAAGAUUGAAGACAUAUUAAUUCUGGUUUCUAUAGAUGAUUGAAGGCUUGAUGACCAGAAGAGAUGCUGUAACUCGAGAUGCACAUUUUAAUUCUGCUUCAAUCUCAUCCUCAGAUGUUAAUUUUGGAAAAACAAAGUUGUUUAUGCAAGUAUUAAUGCCUUAGUAGAAAUAUACUUAAAUGGUCUAGCUUAAAAGAUGAGAUGUUGAUUGAAAUCAACCCAAACUUCUUGUCACAUAGUUUAACUUUUUCAUUGACAGAUGGUCAUGUCUAUGUAUUUCUGUGUUGUUUUUUUUCUAACUGUAAUAUUUGAUGUGUUUUUAUGAACACUGUUGACAUUCUAGGUGUGUGCUUACACUUGUGUCUGAAAUAUUUGAAAUGUACUUUCACUGACAUGUGUUCAGAUCUUAAUGUGCUUUCCCCACAGCAUUUACACAUUGUAUUAUGAUCAUUACGCUGAGCACACAACAUGACCUGUAUUGAGAUAAAUGAACAAUAAUGACCAUGACAUAGUGAUGGUAAUAAAUGCUCUUUUCAUUGGUUUUGUUGUAUGGAUACAAUGGUACGUGAUGUUUUGGCGCGAGACGUUUUGGCACGAGAUAUAAUUUGACGAUAAUUUAAUAAACACGUAGAUUUUAGAAUAUAUAUAUUCUACCCUCCCCCCCCCCCCCCCAACCACGAAAAAAAAGUCUUGCUAACUUAAUAAUUUUGACUAUUUCAUGCAUGCAUACUGUGUAGUAUGGAGGGCAGCCUGGUGUUGUGUAAUAUUAGAGAUUUAACAAUAAGUACAUAAACAAACUUAAAUACCAAAAAUUAGCGGACACAAAUAUUUCUUCUUCUGCACGUGAACAAUAUGCCUUAACACAAAAACUCAUGCAAAACAUAGAUAUAUGCAUGAUUCUUUCUAAAGAAAUAAUACAAUAAACGUACAUAAUGUAUUUCGCGCCAAAACGUCCAUUGCGCCAAAACAGCGGCGCCAAAACAACCUUCGCGCCCAAACGGCGGCGCCAAAACGGCCUGCGUAUGAAUACUUUGGAUUGCAUUGCCGAUGAAAACCUGUCUCUGUAACCUGUCUCUGUAACCUGUCCUGUGGGCCGAGAAGGAAUUACAAAUCUUUAUAGCAGCAUUGUGUAUGUCAUGUCUGUUUCUUGACUCCAUUCUAGUUCAAAGGCCUCAGCCGUUCAGCUAUUUUAAUUUAUAUUUCAGUUUUAUAAACUAUUUGUAUUUUAAUGAGCUAGACCUUGUGAAAUCAGCCGUUCAGCUAUUUUAAUUUAUAUUUCAGUUUUAUAAACUAUUUGUAUUUUAAUGAGCUAGACCUUGUGAAAUCAGCCGUUCAGCUAUUUUAAUUUAUAUUUCAGUUUUAUAAACUAUUUGUAUUUUAAUGAGCUAGACCUUGUGAAAUCAGCCGUUCAGCUAUUUUAAUUUAUAUUUCAGUUUUAUAAACUAUUUGUAUUUUAAUGAGCUAGACCUUGUGAAAUUUUAGCUUGCGAAAGCUUUCUUUUUAUUCGUUAAACUUUUUAAGAAAACGAUGUGAGUUUCAACUUGAAAUGUGACAGAGUGGAAAAGUGUUAGAUUGUCAGAUUGAAUGUAUGGAGUUUGAAGACGUCAUUGAAAUGUUAUGUUUUCUCAUGAUUUGAGCAUGUGAUCUCAGCCAAUUGUAUUGGCAGUUUAUUAGUGAAUUGGCAAUUCCCCUUAUUAGCCAAAAUAAGCUUAUAUGCAUGGCUUUCUUGAAUUGGACUUGACAUCUAAACUUAUUGAUGUUGGGAUGUAAAGUUUUAUAACAUUUGAAUACUAGGGUGACAAUAAUGUGUGUAUUGUAGUCAAGACUGUCACUCACAGGUUGUCUGUCCUACAAGUGGUGUCAAUACAUUUUAUGUGAGAGAUAUGUAUUACCUCCUUUACUUAAAAAUAGUUCUGUCAACAACUGUACAUGGGCCAAUAAUUCAAAUACCAGUGUCUAAUGUCUGUGUAUAGCAUUGUACAGGGAUAGCUCAAAGCAGUGUCUUGACACAACAUCGUAUAAAAGGAUUUUUUUUUAGGUACUUUAGUAUUCAGCCUGAAUAAGCAGCAGCUCCUAUUAACUGGCGGUCAGAAUGUUAGCAGUUGUGAUGUUGCUAGUUCAGGCUGUCUUGAAGUCAACCAAUUACUCUGCAAUCGUUUGGGUGUAAUUGUUCGGGUGUAUUACGUGUAGUUGACCAACAACACAAACAAGAACCAUACAACACCUGUUUUAACAAGUGUAGAGAUGUAGUCGAACGAUGAUGAACUAUUCAACAUGUAUUUAUUAUGAUAAAGGGCCACAGUAGAAGUCUCUGUCACUAAACACGUCGUUACCCUGGAAUAUUCUAUCGCUAACUGAUUUUCCGGUCUCUAACCCAACAUAUCCCAAACGUCACUAGUCCCGUUCAAUAUGCGUCUACUAUGGUGCGUCGCUAAAUAACUAAAAUAACUAACCUAUAUAAAUAAGGUGUCUAACAGAUUCCUCCCCCCUUUGAAAAAAAAAAAAUAUGUCAAUAUUUUUCCACUACUGUCAAGUCUUACAAGGGCAUUUUCAAUUUAAGGGGAAGACCACAAACAUAAAAUCUUGACAUCUUCUUCUUGACAUCUUCAUCUUGACUUGACAGUUCCUCAUAUACAUGUCAAUGUUCAUAACAGUUCAUAACAUUCCAAAAUCAUCUUCAUUGUUACACAGUUCAUCAUGGAGGAAAAUGUGGCAUCUUAUGGGCAUGUCCUACACAUCUCAAAUGUUCUUCACUGGCAGUAAUCUGAUAAAAUACAAUAUUUCAAAAAAACAAUUAUAAACUUUAUUUACACAUUCAAUACAUUUUUUCUUACCACCCUUUUAUACGCUUUUGUCCAUUUUUCUUUUAUACUCACCCUUUUCCAUAGAACUAACUUUCGUCAAUGAUAUAUGAAAUGAUUCACACAAAAAAAAUAUCCAUACUUACUUUUAAAUGCUUAACAUCAACUUUACUUAUCUCCCUUUUUCAUAACAUAUAAAUGGUGUCAAUAUAUUAAUAUAUAUUACAUACUCAAUAUAAUCAUAGUUUAUUUACAAAAGUAUUUCAUUUCAAUGUCAUUCUAGACAAUAGAACAGCUACAAUAUUCACAGAUCCACUAAUAGCUUUCACUUCAAAUUUAUAUUCCUGUAGUGCUAAGAACCAUCUAUAAACACGACUGUUUUUCAUGCUCUUUUGCUGUAUAUACUGAAUAGGUUUAUGAUCAGUUAAUAAUAUGAAUUUCCUUCCUAUUAAAUAGCUCUCUAGCUUAGUAAUUACCCAUAUUACAGCUAAGGCUUCUCUUUCAAUGACACUAUAUUUUUUUUCUGCCUCUGACAAUUUUCUGCUUACAUAUAAUAUAGGAUGUAAGUUAUCAUAGUUCUGCAUUAAACAACCACCAAUAGCAUUACCAGAUGCAUCAGUUGUGACAUAAAAUAUUUUGUCUUUAUCAGGUAGUCUUAAUAUUAGUUCAUGACUAAAAACAUCUUUAAUUCUGUCAAUAGCUUUCACACAUUCCUCAUUACAAACUACUUUUUGAGGUUUUCCUUUUUUAAGUAAGUCAUUUAGUGGAUUCACUAUUUCUGCUAAGUUUUUUAUAAACUUUCUGUAAUAAUUUACUAUUCCCAAUAUGCUUUUAAUUUGUCUUUUUGUUGUAGGUAUUUCAAUAUUAAGUACUUUCUUUAUGUUAUCUUCAAUAGGGCUAAUCAUGUUGUUAUUUACUUUAUGUCCUAAGAAAAUUAUUUCCUCCAAUCCUAUUUCUACUUUUUCUGCUUGAAUUGUAAGUCCACUUUCUUUUAUUAUUUUGAACACUUCUUUUACAUCUAUCAAAUGUUCCUCCCAACUAUUAUUAAAAAUACAUAUGUCAUCUAAAUAGCAAAUAACAUUUUCUUUGUUUCCAAUUAUCAUGUUCAUCAUUCUAUUAAAUGUGGCAGGUGCAUUUACUAAUCCAAAACUCAUAUAAUUCCAUUGAAAAAUACCAUAUGGUGUUACAAAUGCUGUGUAAGGUUUUGCAUUUUCUGUUAAAGGUAUUUGCCAAUAACCUUUAGUUAAAUCCAAUUUAGUAAAAAAUUUUGCUCCAUUUAAUUUAUGUAAAAUAUCCUCUAUAUUUGGCAUUGGAUAUGGGUCAAAUUCUGUGAUGUUGUUAAUUUUCCUAUAAUCAAUACAUAACCGUAUAUCUCCAUUCUUCUUUUUGGCUAUCACAAUUGGUGAAGCAUAAGGAGAUGUUGAUGGCUCAAUUAUACCUGAUUCUAGUAAAUUGUCUAUUUCUUUCUUUACUUUGUCUUGUAAAUGUAACGGUAUUCUAUAUGGCUUAAGCUUGAUAGGUUUUGUGUCUGUUACUUUAAUGUCAUGUUUAAUAAUAUUUGUUUUUCCUGGUAUGCUGGAAAAAAUUUCUUUGUAUUCCUGUAUUAUUUUAGUUAUGUCUUUUGACUUUUCCUUAGUUAGAUUAUUAAGAUUAAUCUUUUGCCAAGUUUGAUUCUCUUUUGUUUCUAUUACAGGUAUUUCCUUAAUAUCAUUUUCAUUGUGAUUUUCAUUUGUUAUUAUCAUCAAGCAUUCUUCUCUUUCUGAAAAUUUAUUUUCUAUUUCCUCCUGAAUGUUUUGUAUUAACUCAUCUUCUCUAUCAUGAUACAGUUUCAAAUUAUUUAUGUGAUAUGUUUUAAUUUUCCCAUUUAUUUCAAUUUGAUAAUUCACAUCAUUAAUUUGUUUUAUCACCUUAAAUGGACCUUUCCAUUGUUUACCAAUUUUAUUUUUCAGGUCAUUUAUUAAUAUUAAUACAUUGUUUCCUACUUCUAGUGUUUUCAAUUGUCUUUUCUUAUUUAUAUUCUCAUGAGCACUUUGUUUGUACUUCUUGUUGUUGUUAUAUGCUUGAGUCCAUAUUUCUUUCAAUUCUGUUGUGAUUGUUGUUUCACUGUCAUUAUUUAAUUUAUUCUCAUUGCCUAUUAGAUUUUCUUUAAAAACAUCUAAUUCAUCUCUGGGUUUUCUUCCAUGUAUUAUUUCAUAUGGUGAAAAUUGUGUUGCUUCAUGGAUGUUGUUUCUAUGAGCAAAUAGUACAUAGUUAAUGUAAUGAUCCCACUUGUUCUGAUUGUUCUGAAUUAUCUUUGUUAGUGAUCUUUUUAAUGAACCACCAUAUCGUUCACAUAAACCGUUACUCUCCGGGUGGUAAACCGAAGAGUAUAUGUGUUGUAUAUUGUAUUGUUUAGUCCAUUUCUUAAAUUGUUCUGACUUAAACUGAGAUCCCUGAUCACUCAAUAUAAUUUUAGGUAUACCAUGUCUUGUAAUUACUUUUUGAGUUAUGGCAUUAAUGAUAUUUUCUGCACUUGUAUUUGAUAAUGGGAUUGCCUCUGGGUAUCUACUAAACAUGUCUAUUACUGUUAGAAUGUAUUUGUUAUUAUUUUCAGUUUUAAUUAAAGGACCUAUUAAAUCAAUAGAUACUUUCUGAAAUGGUGCUGUAGGUUCAUCCAUUUCUUGAAUAGGUGCUUUAUUCACUAGGCUUUUGUUAGAUCUCUUUUGACAUAUGUCACAUGAGUUUAUGUAUUUGUUGAUUGUUGCUUUCAUUUUGGGCCAAAAUACUUGUUUUGACAAAUUCCUAUAACAUUUCUUUACUCCCCUAUGUGCUGCUAAAUUAUUAUCAUGUGUCAUGAUUAAAACAUCUUUCCAAUAUUUCUGUGGUAAGACAAGUUGUUUUAUUUUCUUAUUAUCAUUACUUGUUUGUCUAAACAAUAUUUUAUUCUCUAUACAAAAUUUCUCCAUUGGAUUAUUAUUGUUUUUAUCUGAUAUUCUUGAAUAAAUUUUCCCAAUAAUAUUAUCAUUCAUUUGUUCUAAUGCAAAUGUGGGUGUUGUUUCUUUUUCACUUUGAGAUAUUUGUGUUUCAAGACUAUUUUGUGUUUCCUUUUCUAUCUCUCUUUCCUUAACAUCUGUAUUUUCUAUUUGUAUUACAUUACUGGUUUCUUCUUCUUUAUCAUUACUUAUUACAUUUAUUGUAUUUUCCUGUUUCUCAUCUUUUUUAUCCAUUGAUCUUGUUAUAAUCAUACUUGUUAUAUUUUGUGUUUCUAUGUUUUCAUGAUUUUGUCUUAUGUUUUUGUAUUUGUUUUGCCAGUCUUCUAAUUCUUUUCUUGAACAUUCUUUAACUCCUUUUAUGUUUCCUACUAACAUAUCAUAUCUCAUUUCUGGUAUUGCAAUGCCAUCACAAUAACCAGUGAAAAAUGGGGUUUCAAUGUAUACCCUUAUAGCUUUAAAUUCCCUUACAGUGCCAUCUGCUAAUUCUACUUUCCUAGUAAACCCUUUAUACCAAUGAGGUUUGACAAAUUUAGUUUUUACUGCCAAGGUGUUACAACCUGAAUCCCUGAUUAAUUCCACCGGAAUUCUAUCUACAAACCCUGGGUACACUGCAAAAUUGUUCCUAUUUCCUUCCAUGAAAUAUAUCCUAUCUGUACCUUUAUUUUUGUAUUCCCUACUGUAACUCCUAUUUCUAUAAUUUCCCCUGUCAUUCCUAUCUCUACUCCUAUAUCUACUGUUAUUUUGUUCAUUGUAUCUAUUUCUACUUCCAGACCUACUAUUCCCUCUUCUACAGUUAGCUGCUAUAUGACCUUUUCCUUGACAUUUAAAACAGAUUAUUUCACUAUAUUUUCUAUUUCCACUAUUUGAUCUGUUUCUAUUUCUACUUCUAUCAACAUUUUCUUUGGUGUAUCCUAUUAAAUCUACUUUGCUCUUAUCCCUAUCAGAAAAUGGUUUAUUUGGAUAGGCAUUUUUAUAUACUCUCAUUAUCUCUGUUAUUUCAUCUAUAGUUUUGGGGUUUCUUUCUCUAAUAAAAGAUUGUAAUUGAGGAUCACAUUUAUUUACAAAGUUGUCCACUAAAAUAAAAUUUUUUAAUCCCUCAUAAGAGUUAUUCACUUUUUCUAAUUUUACCCACUUAUUGAAAAAAUCCUUUUCCAUAUUAAUGGUAGUUUGGGGUUCUAUUUCUAAUGAUGGUAUAUUGUCAAAGUAUUUCUUUCUAAAAGUUGUAGCAUUAUGACCAUAGGCAUUCAAUAACUCUCUUUUUAAAACCUGAUAGCUAUCAUCAAUAUGAUGGUCAUGAUUUUGGCAUAUUGUUAGAGCUUGACCAUGAACAAAGUCUAUCAGUAUUUCAGACCAUUCUUCUUCAGGCAUAUUAAAUGUAGACAUUUUUGCCUCAUAUCUUUUCAGGAAAUCACCAAUGUCAUCCUUCUGUUCAUCAAAACUUUGUAUUUUUCUCUUUAGCCAUGUUUGUGAAUUAGGGUUGUCUCUUUGAGUGGUAUAAUUAUUUGAGUUAUUAGUGUUAUUUCCUUGUUCAGUUUGGGCUCUGGCUUGUGCUGCAUCCAAUCUCAUCUUCUCCAUUUUAGCUUCAUGUUCUCGGUCCUCUUUUUGCUUCUCAUAUUCUUCCUUUCUGAUCCUAUCUUGUCUCUCUAUCUCUUGUCUUUGACGUUCUUCUUGUCUUUCUAUCUCUUGUCUUUGACGUUCUUCUUGUCUUUCUAUCUCUUGUCUUUGACGUUCCGUUUCUUCCUUCACAACUUGCUGUACAUAAGCUGCUAAGUCCUUUCCUUUUAACUCCAUGGCCUUUCCAUCCUGCAUAGCUGUUUCCUUAACCUCCUUAAGGUCCACAUAUGAUGAUGUAGCCAUUGUGUUUUAUAUUUUAUAUAUAUUUUUACUUGGCCUAUAUUAGUUAUGGCUAUACUUUAAACUUAUUUUAUAUUUAAGUUUUUCCACACUUUUAUACAAAUUUUAAAUGAUAUGUCUCUAUCUAUAGAUUUAGUAAAUGUAUAAAUCUAGUCUGAGUUAUUAUGGUUAUAUUCAAAUCUGUAUAUUAGGUCCAGUAUUACACACAAAUUUAAAUCUAGUAUAUUAUAGUAUGUAUAAUAUUACCAUUUAGAUCUAUAGUUAUCAAGAGCACUAUGACUUUUAGAUCUAGUAUGAAUAACUAUGAUCAAUUUCAAAAUCUGGUAUGACUGAAGUCACAGUGAAGUGUUUAGAGUAAAUUCAAAGACUGUCUAGAGUCUAGAUCUAGAGUAGAUUAUGGUUCUAUUUAACCAUACGAAACAAAUAUGUGUAUACAGUGUCAAAUAUAUCUUCAACAAGAUAUAUAUAUAUCUAGAAUGUACUACCUUCAUUCAUCUUCCAAUUAAUAAUAUUUCAAAUUAGAGUCUAGAUAAUUAAAUUGUACCAAAGAGAUGUACAACAAUUUGCAGAUCUAAAUUUAGCCAGACGAUAGUGUUUGACUACAUAGCCAGUUUCGGCAUUAUUCUCAUGGCAAAAUCAUAAUUGAUUUUAACCGCUCAAACUAAAAUUAUUUUAGUCUGAUUCACAAUGAAAGAAUCCUACCCGCACUUUCUAUCAUUAAGUGAAAAAAAAUACAGAUCUAAUUAAAUUAAUAAAAAUAAAUAAUUUAAAAUAAUAUAAACAAAUGAAAUAAUUAAAUGAGACUAUCGCUAUGGGUUGGGAUGUGACAAUAUGGCACACAAUGAUAACGUCACGAAGUAACCAGGCAACAACGGAUAUGACGUUUACACAAACAAAACAAAUUACAAUCCUAAACGUAUAAUAUAGCUUUUCAUCUAAAUUACGUCUUCUACCCCGACGGGUUUUAAGGCGCACCACCUGAUUUUACUCAGGCUAACGUACCAAAUUUAGACAAAAUCUAUUUCUAAGGGCAAUCUAAACAUAUACUAAUAAGAAAAAUGGCACUUAGCUUUUGAUAAGAAAGAUCCCUUUGUUCGGACUCCCGAAUAUGCUAGAUCACAACAAAUUCCACUGCCUCUCUUCCAGUUCUGACUCUGUUCUCCGGUGCUACCAGUAUCCCACGUAAUGCCACAGAUGUCCUGAUAUGCCACAGCAAAAUGUUCCAGUUUCUUUGACGACUGUUGAUGACCGUAUGUGUAGUUCCGACGACUUUGUAUACACAGUUACUGACGAAUAGGUUAACGGUUCUUCUAGCGAUGACUUGACUUGUGUAGAUGAUUACUGACAAAUAACAGUCUCUUGACGACAACUUGAUCUGGACGACUGACGAAUAACGAAUUUCUUGACGAUGACUUGAUCUGGGCUGACGAAUAACGACUUUCUUGACGAUGACUUGAUCUGGGCUGACGAAUAACGGUUCUCUAAAAUAGUUCACUGCUUCUGCUGCUAUUCCGGUAGUACGACGAAGUUUGCUGUUGUACUCUGCUUCAAUAGACCAAACUGUCCAAUGUAGACUAGGUGAAACCAAGGUCACCUCCGACGACGUUCCGUUACACGAUUAACGGUUUUCAACGAAAUUAAGUGGAUGUAGCUGUUUCCACAACUUCACUGCUAACAAGUCUAGGUAUGGUCUAGACCGACGAAUACUAGAUAUAUCAAUGUUCAGUACUGAUAAAGAUUACUUCACUAACCUUCCAAAGGUUAAACACAGUGACCGUUAUAAACGUGGCAAGCAACCGGUUCAAUGAGCAAACUGCUCCACAAGAAUCUCUCCAAGGGUAAGACGACAGAGCGAUUUCGAUUUAGUUAGCUACCAAACUUGUAGUACUCACAAUACUUCUGACAGCGGGCAAACUGUCCUUCUCGAAACUGACGAGGUAAAACUUGAUACUCGAUGUGGCUCCUAUGACGAAGAAAAAAUAUGUCCAACAGGUUCACUAACGAUCUCUCACCCGUUAUGAAUGAACGGUUUCUCUGGUUGUAGGUCGAUUCAGCAUAUGAAGAUCAGGCGUUGCGAUGAUUACGGUCCUGACGAAGGUCACCCUGAGUUAACGGCUCGUUGAACGUGCGAUCAAACAGGCGACGACUGCAUGUAGAUCUAGAACAAAGUCACUCUGCGAUACUGCUGUGUUCAGCCGUACUCCGAUGAAAUCUUAUAUCUUCGAGUGCACGACCCUCACCUGAGUAAACGUUCUGCUUCGAGGUCCGGUUCGAUGUUCGGCUUCAUCAAGGGUCCGGCUUCGAGGUUCGGGGUCGCCACUGUGAUGUUGCUAGUUCAGGCUGUCUUGAAGUCAACCAAUUACUCUGCAAUCGUUUGGGUGUAAUUGUUCGGGUGUAUUACGUGUAGUUGACCAACAACACAAACAAGAACCAUACAACACCUGUUUUAACAAGUGUAGAGAUGUAGUCGAACGAUGAUGAACUAUUCAACAUGUAUUUAUUAUGAUAAAGGGCCACAGUAGAAGUCUCUGUCACUAAACACGUCGUUACCCUGGAAUAUUCUAUCGCUAACUGAUUUUCCGGUCUCUAACCCAACAUAUCCCAAACGUCACUAGUCCCGUUCAAUAUGCGUCUACUAUGGUGCGUCGCUAAAUAACUAAAAUAACUAACCUAUAUAAAUAAGGUGUCUAACACAGUUAAGUAAGUUCCCCUUUCUGACCAUGUGGUCUAUAGAGCAGAUGAUGUAAAGAUAAUCUGUUUCUGUGGUCCACGGUUAACGAGGGUGAUGUGUCCAGUACAAUGACCAACUGCCUUUACUUUUCCCCAACUAAUGUCAAGUACCUAUUAGAGCUGGGUGGACUCAGAGGCGCCCUAAAGAUCCCGAAGUUAUAAAAUCCCAUUUUUCACCAGGAUUUGAACUCUGGUCCAGAAGCCAAGCGCUUGACCACUCAGCCAGCAGUUCAGUGAUGAAAAAGGAAUCAGAAAUAUAUUUCUUGUUCUCAUUCUUUAAAGGUCUUAAUAUCUUGUUGUCUUACUGGCUCCAAGUUUUGGACUUUGUUGAUCGUGUAAAGGAACUGAUUGAGUGACUGUACACAUAGAGUGAGAGCGCUUAUACAUUCAUUCAUUUCAAAAUGUAAUUUUGAGCAAACAUGUUUUUAAAUCUACAUGAUGUAAAGUUGAAGGAUUGAUAGAAUACAACAGUAAGGCACUCUCUCCACCUUUAUAUGAUGAAAAAAUUAAGAACUCUUGAAGAUUUUACUCUAUCCAUGUGGCAGACAGAUCCAAUUCUCUUAUUAUCUUAUAUCUUAUUAUGCCCAUGUUUAUUUCAUGUUUGGUUUCAUAUGUAAUAUUAAAUAUAUAAAAAUAAGAGAUUACAGGCAGAAUUUUUAGGCUGUAUUUAAGAAAAUGUGAGUGUAUAAGAUUGUAUGCAUUCUGACAUUUUGUUGUCAGGAAUGACUUUUUAAAAUUAUUAUAUUUUUUUUUGAAAGUCAUUUUUAAUAAUUGGAAUUUAUUUGGUUACAAGUUAUCUCUGUGUGUGUGUGUGUGUGUGUGUGUGUUUGGAUGUAUUUUAAGUUUUUUUUUCCCACUAUUUCUUGUUGUUCUUUUUGUUUCCACGUUAAACAGAAAAUUGUCAAAAUGGCAACUUCAUAUUUUGAAAUAAAAAUUUAUAUGUUUGAUGUCAAUAA